GAGAAAGAAAGAGAAAAUCAAAUAUCAAAAGGCUGUAAAUCAAAUAUCAAAAAGCUGUGUACAAACUCACCGACGCUUAAUCUCCACAGUCGCCGCCACCUCUGACCACCUCCAUACAAGAUUGUUUUGAGUAUUUUAGGUGAGAAUGACUGGAAUUGGAGGUCAUGCAAUCGGAAUUGAUCUCGGCACAAAGUACUCAUGCGUGGGAGUUUGGAAGCAUGAUAACAAUAAUGUAGAUAUCAUAGCGAACGAUCAGGGCAACAGGACCACGCCAUCAUGUGUUGCCUUCACUGAUACUGAGCUUCUGGUAGGAGAAGCAGCGUUUAAUCAGGUCGUGAGAAACCCCGACAACUCCAUCUUCGAUGCAAAGCGGUUAAUUGGCAGGAAAUUCAGUGAUACGUCUGUUCAAAGUGACAAGAAGCUGUGGCCAUUCAAGUUGGUUGAAGGUCCUGAUGAUAAGCCUAUGAUUUUGGUUACGCACAAAGGCAAAGAGAAACAGUAUGCUGCUGAAGAGAUCUCAUCCAUGGUUCUUGCAAAAAUGCGGGAGAUUGCUGAAGUCUAUCUUGGAUCAACUGUGAAGAAUGCAGUGAUCACAGUCCCUGCUUACUUCAAUAAUUCACAGCGUGAGGCUACAAAAAAAGCUGGUAUUUCUGCAGGCCUAAAUGUGAUGCGUAUCAUCAAUGAACCAACUGCCGCAGCCAUUGCUUAUGGCCUUGACAAGAAGGCUGGUUGGUAUAGCAAGAGAAAUGUGCUCAUAUUUGAUUUGGGUGGGGGUACUUUGGAUGUGUCACUACUUACAAUAGGUGAUGGUGUCUUUGAAGUGAAAGCCACUUCUGGAGAUACUCAUCUUGGAGGUGAGGACUUCGAUACCAAAAUGGUGAAUUACUGUGUUGAGGAAUUUAAGAGGAAGCACAAUUUGGAUGUCAGCGGAAACAUCAGAACUCUUAGGAGGUUAAAAAAUGCAUGUGAAAAGGCAAAGAGGAGGCUUUCAUUUACAACUACAACUGACAUUGAAAUUGAAUGUUUGCAUCAGGGUAUCGAUUUCUAUGUGACAUUCACCCGUUCCAAAUUUGAACAACUCAACAUGGAUUUCUUCACCAAAUGUAUGGAGCCUGUGCAGAAGUGUUUGGAGGAUGCUAAAAUGGACACGGACAGUGUGCAUGAUAUUGUUCUUGCCGGAGGUUCUUCAAGAAUUCCCAAGGUGCAACAACUAUUACAGAAUGUGUUUAAGGGAAAUGAACUGUGCAAGAGUAUUCAUCCUGAUGAGGCUAUUGCAUAUGGUGCAGCUGUUCAAGCUGCAGUCUUGAGUGGCCAUGGAAAUGGAAAGCUUAAGGACUUUACUCUCUUGGAUGUCACCCCACUCUCACUCGGGGUGGACACUAUAGCAGACCAUUGCAACACAUUCAUGACAGUCGUCAUCCCGAGGAACAGCCAAAUUCCCAUAAAAGAGAACACAAGUAUGACUACUAGCUGCCAUAAUCAAACUCAUGUCAGGUUCUCCAUUUAUGAGGGUGAGAGUGAAACACCCAUAAAUAAUAACUUUCUGGGCGAGUUCGUGCUUGAGGGCAUUCCUCCAGCUCCCGAGGGUGUUCCAAAAUUUGAUGUUUGUUUUGAGAUAGAUGCUAAUGGUAUCCUAAAGGUAUCUGCCGAGGACAAGUCCACCGGCCAGAAGAAGGACAUUACAAUCAUCAGUGGUUGUGACAGAAAACAAGGAAUCGAGACACUGGUGUAAGUAUGUAACAAGGUUAACUUAUCAUACUUUGACAUUUGCAAGUAGCUAGCUUGCCAUGUUUUAAGUAGCGUUAUUAGGAAUGGUCUUGUGACUCCUGUCUUUUACAUUCUCUGAUAUCUAGUCUGCACUUUUGUAUUAUUACUUCUUUUGAGUUCUUUCUGAGCAA